AUGGAACAGCAGCAUUACCCCUCCUACUGUUACCCUGCCACUGCCAAUGUGUCCUCCGCGCCGCCCGCCAUCGACGCGACAGACGACAGCGACAUGCUACUGCAGCUUGAAGCCUUCCUCCUCGGCACCGACGACGCUGAGCCCGCCGCCGAGGCGGUGUCCUCCGACUGGUCGUCUUCCUCGUCGUCAUCCUCCGCCCCAACUUCCUUAGAUGUGGGAGCGGUAACGAAAACCACCGUGAACACUGGCGACAAUCAGCAUCGGAUCCCGGGUACGGAUGCCUCCAGCUGCAGGGAGCGGCAGGCCUUGAUAGGGGUACGCAAGCGGCCGUGGGGCAAGUUCGCGGCCGAGAUCCGCGACUCCACGCGCAAGGGUGCCCGCGUGUGGCUCGGCACCUUCGACACCCCCGAGGCCGCCGCGCUGGCCUACGACCAGGCCGCCUUCUCCGCGCGCGGCGCCGCCGCCGUCCUCAACUUCCCCGUGGAGCGCGUGAUGGAGUCGCUGGGGGCGCUCCAGCUCCAGCUCCCCGGCACAGGAGGUGGUUCCCCUGUCCUCGCGCUCAAGCGGCGCCACUCCAAGCGGACGCGAAGGCGCAAGGUCGUCGUCUCACCUGUCAUCGACGACGUCAGCAAUAAUACUUCCACGGCACGGUUGCAGCAGCAGCCGGUGCAGCAAUGCUCCGACGCGUCGAGCUCCAGUAUGGCUGUGGCUAGUGUGCCGGAGCAGCAGACGACGGUGCCCGGCCAGUGCCACUGCGGCGUUGUCGAGCUAGAGUACCUUGGCGACGAUUACAUGCAGGACCUCCUCCGGAUAUCCGAGUUGGAUUAUUAUUAG